AUGGAUUCUUCACCUUCUCGUCAAACUGAAGUUCAACAAUCUGAUAUCAACCAAACGUUGCAGUUGGUACUCGAUCAAUUAAAAGGGCAGCGACAAGAAAUCAGUUCUUUGAGAGAAGACGUUAAAGGAAACAAUUUUUCCGUCACGUCGGAGGUCAAAAAGUUGAAAGAAAAAGAACUUUCGUGGAAGAAAGAAGGUAACAAGAUUCAAUACACUUUCAACUAUCAAGUGUCUGAUUUGGUUGGACAAGCCACCUGGGCUAUUCAAAACAAUAAACUUGAUUACGCAUUGGACUUGUUGAAGGAAACUGACGAAAAAGUUCACCAACGUAAUAAACUCAUCCGAAUUGCAGACACGAGUGAGGGUGGCUGGGAAACGGUGCGCCAAUACGAGACUAAUCCAGUUGCCAGCGAUAGUGAGGACGAAAACAAAAUAUCUAAGGCAGAAAACAGGGCUUUACGUAAACGUAAACGAAGUCAGCAGAAAAAGUCGUCUACAUCGCAAUCUAAGAAUGCAUUACCUCCAGGGCCUCAUUCUAAUUGUGGGAAUCCUCAACUUCAGUCAUGGGGUACGCAGAAUUCCGCUUCGGCCACCUUCCAGGCAGGGGCAAGUACAUCUAAUUUUCGUCCCUACUCAGGAAAGGUAUAUGGCAGCUGCUUCGCAUGCGGGGAUUUCUCCCACUACAGGAAAGACUGUCCAUACGUGUCAGGCACUUACACCAGGCAGAGGUAUCCAACCGACAACGCCCAGAACAGAAAAUGA